CGAUAUUAGGCAUAGUGUGUGACUGCGCAUGCGUCGCGCCGCAGACUGCCAGCCCGGCGUGAGUCGAGGAGGAAGCACAGCUCGUUCGGCCUCCUAUGCUUCCGUCCCUGACCGAGGACGAGCGAACCAACGUCCACCUGCCGUAUUCUCUUAUCGGCGGCACGGGAAACCGCACAGAACCGUGUGCUCGUGUGUUUUAGGAGUGUUUCAGUACAAAGCCUCCAUGGAGUCUGAUGGAAGGAGAGAGCAGCUGAAGACGAACCUCGAACACUGAGACGGUCUACGCGAGGAUCCGAGCUGUCCCACUAUGGAUCUCAGCAGAUUGGUGCCUUUCUGGAUUGUAUGUAUAUUCUUCUUGUUGGAAUGUCGAGCGGACAAAUCCAACCAUGUAAACCCAGACCCCUUACCAUCGGACAACGGUGUCUCAGAGCUUUGCCGCAUUGAUGAGCUGCUCUGCCAGGAUGAGAACGCCAUCCUCAGUUUUGAGGCCAUUCGCAACAUCCACAAGCAAAUGGACGACGAUGACAAUGGGAAUGUGGAUGUUUUGGAAACCGAUGGGUUUUUAAGAGAGGACCUCAACUACAAUGACCCCAAAGCAAAGCACAACACUUUCCACGGUGACGACCAGCUCAUAAGCGUGGAGGACCUGUGGAAUGCCUGGAAGAGUUCGAAAGUGUACAACUGGACAGUGGAUGAGGUUGUGGAUUGGCUUAUCGACUACCUCGAGCUGCCACAAUAUGCGGAAGCCUUCCGGAAGUUGAAUUUCAAUGGUACAUCCAUGCCUCGAUUGGCGGUGAAGAACGUCACUCUGACGCAGACCGUCCUGAAGAUUCUGGACCGGAGUCACUUUCAGAAACUACAGCUCAAGGCUCUGGAUACAGUUCUGUUUGGAGCUCCUAUGAUGAACAGACAUAACCAUCUGAAGGACUUCAUGCUGGUGGUGUCAAUAGUCAUCGGAAUGGGAGGCUGCUGGUUCGCAUACAUCCAGAACCGGCACUCUAAAGACCACAUGAAGAAGAUGAUGAAAGACCUGGAGAGCCUCCAGCGGGCAGAGCAGAGCCUUCACGACCUACAGCAGAAGCUACAGAUUGCUCAGGAGGAACACCGUUCAGUGGAGGUGGAGAAGGUAAACCUGGAGCAGAAGCUGAGGGAUGAGAUCAAUGAUGCCAAACAGGAAGCGCAGAGACUGAAGGGGCUCCGAGAGGGAACUGAGAACGAGCUGAGUCGACAGAAAUAUGCAGAGGAGGAGCUGGAGCAGGUGCGUAUGGCCCUGAAGAAGGCAGAGAAGGAGCUGGAGUCUCGCAGAAGCUGGUUUCCUCCUAAUGCCCUGCAGAAAUGGCUGCAGCUCACUCAUGAGGUUGAGGUGCAGUACUACAACAUCAAAAAACAGAGCGCAGAGAGACAGCUGCAGGUGGCCAAAGAGGGGGUGAGCAGCAUUUAAGAGAAGAGAAAUACUUUAUUUGGGACGUUCCAAGUGGCACAUAGUUCUUCACUGGAUGAUGUGGAUCACAAAAUACUUGCAGCCAAGCAAGCUCUGGGUGAGGUAACAGCAGCUCUGAGAGAGAGACUCCAUCGUUGGCAGCAGAUUGAGAUCUUAACAGGCUUCAUGCUGGUCAAUAACCCAGGCCUGCCCUCUCUGGCCUCUGCCCUCAACCUGGACCCCAGCUUCAUGGGCGGCCGCGGCACACCCCAGCACUUCAUGUCUGACGACAUGGAUGACAUGGACGAGGACAUAGUGGCACCAGGAACACUCCAAUCUCCCAGUAUGAUGUCACUCCGGCAACGACACAUUGACCCGCAGCUGGCCCUGGGUUCGCAGAGGGACUUGAAUCGCUCCGACUCUGAUUCCUCCUUGUGUAUAUCCCAGACAGGCGAGCAGCUUCGCCUAUCCUACAGUUCCCAAGGCUUCCCUGUGAAGCCCACUUCGCUCCUGCAUGGCCCCGUUUCACGCUCUGAAGAGGGAGCUCACUCCCACACCCAUAACGGAGGCAACAGAGUUCAAGAUGGGGGGGCAUCUCCCGAUGGAGAUUCUGAUAGUCCCAUAUUAAUGAAGGAGGUGUAUUGCAUGGAGAAAUCCGCCAGUAUAAGCGAGAUCCACGGCUCCCAAGCGGUGAUGUCCGUGUCGGAAUCCUCACACUCCUUGAGCCCAAACUCCACUGAACCUGAUACCCCGUCCCCCGCUGGACUGACUGAGGGGAAGGCCGGAAACCGCAUACCCCAGAUUUCCUUGAAAAAGAGCCCCCUAGAGGAGGACAGUGGCUCCACAGGUGAAGACACUGACUCUGCUGCCAGUCGCAAGAAACAUACCUUCAAGAUCUUCAAAAAACAGAAGAAAUAAGACAACUGGACAACUGUUUUGUUUUUCCCUUAAAGUCCUUUUUGUCCUAUUGUUAAUAUAAAUGUUUUGAUUUUUUUCCCCCUUCUGGUCAGAAGUUACGGCACCACUAGACACCUUUCCGAGGUCUUUAUAGAAAUGUUUGCUUUUUCAGAGGAACACUUGAGAACAAGCAUGAUUUUGGGGGAGGGUGGGAAUGACACACCAGUGGGUAUGGGAUGGACUAUUUUUUGAGAAUGUAACGCAUUAUUUAUUCAGCAGGAGACAGUGCCAGACUUUCAAAGGAAUCUUCCCUCUGAUGGACUUUUCUUUCCUUGUAUAAUCCGUAUCAGUUUGCAUGUCUUCGCCUUUGUUUGAUUGAACUUUGAAUGCUCCUAGAUGUUUGCUUGGUUCUUGCUCCCCUUUGCUUAAAACGCGAAACAGCCUGGUUCUUUUGUUUCUAUCAGCACACUCCUUUGUAUUUCAAGUUCAAAUGAAUUGUCAGCUUAGCGUUUAAUGGUACUCUUUGAUAAGUGUUUGUCAAUGGUCAGAGAAACUGUAAAAGGGCUGAACUAUCAGUGUGAAACUCCCCUAAAAUAUGUUGCACUAUUUCUGAAUGUUGAUGUGUCGGUUUUGUAAAGAAAAUUUAGAAUAUGCUGGAAUACGCACUAAAACCUUUACACAAACCAAGACACUGGACAUAUCUCUAAGGCUUCAGGGAUUUCUAGUACAGUAUGUUGAAGAAUUACGCGAUUAGAAUAAUUGACCAUUGUCGAUCAUUCCAAAUCAUUUAGAAAAUACAAGGAGGAUUAUGAACAUACACAUUAAUGUUUUUUGAGCAUUUACUCUUAACCAUGCCCAGUUUGCUGACUGUUUCUAAUGGCAUCAUCCAAAAUCCAAGUUCCCAUGAAAACAUGUCUUUAAAAAAGACAAAGAAAGAAAAUGUAUGGUGAAUGCAUACCUUAAUUUGUUCAAAUUACAAAGCGUAAUUAAAGCUUUAGCAGAUCUUGCCAUCUUGUAUUCAAAGUGCCAAACUAAAGCCACCAUCUAGGAAAUGUAUACACUUCCCGAAGGUUAUAUUUCAGUUUUGUUAGACCACUGAUCUGAGGUCUGAUAUUAAAUAGGUUUUCUAUAGAGGUGCAGAUAGUCCAAAUCGUGGUGGAAGAGUGGGUUUCUACAUUUACUACUUUUAACAUGUUUGAAAGAGAGCUUGGAUAUUAUUUUGUUUUGCUGAAUUAGGUCAUAUUUCUUUGACCCACAAAAAGUUGAAUCUUUGAUUUCAGGUGCUCUGUUAUGUAAUUUUAAAGCUAGGCAACAUGCAAUUGCUGUUAAAAUGAAGUGACUUGCCUUUAAAUGGUCAGAUGUUCGGGCAGAUGGAUUUUACCACUGUGCAUUUUCAGAGGAAGUGGAGACCAGUCUCUGCUCUUCUUGUGGCUUAUGAUGUUCACUAAGAUACGUCUUUUAUCCCAGAGCAGUUAAAAUUACAAGCACACUUUCUGAAAAGAGAGGAGGUUAAGAAUCAGUAGACUUGGUGAGGGAUGUCAGUAUGCAUUUUUAUAGUUUUUACCCACAGGCUUUGAAGGUCCAACAUAUCCACUAACCUGGAGGCACACCAAAGCAGCGCUGCAUGGAACAUCCUGUUUCUUCAGUCAUUACUUUUGUGAAAGAUGGUACAAGACCACAUCCAAAUGUAUAUCAACCAAUCAGUCUUUAACAGGUAUACAACGGUGCAGAUGUAUUUGUUUCGUCUGUGCCUCUUUUGCACGAAGAAGCUCUUUUGUCAGUGAGUAUGUCAGUGUGCGCGCAUCAGUCCGGUCCAGUGAACUGCACUUCACCGUGUUGAUGCAUGUUCUCAACACCAGUUCUCAAACAUGGACAGGAGAGAGAUGGGAGGUGUUUUAGACUGUUCCCCAUUUAGAUAUUCCUGUUCAAUUUUCCAUUUGAGCUAUUUAUGCCUAUACUAUACAGAGGUGGGGAAACAAAGUAAAAAAGAUAAUUUUGCAUCUUCUGUAAUGUUCAAAACUGUAAUCUUCAAAUUUUAUGGCACUCCUGCAUGAAAGCAAUAAAAAUGGUUUUAAAACAA